CUUGAAGUUCAUAGUUCACAGAAAACCCAGAUCAGUCAUUGACUCAUUCAUUCAAGAAAAUCAUUCGCUAGUUGGCGAAGAAAGAGGAGAUUUAUAUAUUAAACAAAAAACAGGAGAUCAACUUCAUUCCGCGUCGAUUCGCUGUAAAGUGAAGACGCCAGAUAUUUUCGGAGCUUAAAUCCCCGAACGUUCAGUGCAAACAGUGUAGUGCAGUGAUUUAUAACAAUGUUUAAUUACUAUCCGAAGAACUUUAAGGCCAAUGGCUGGGGUUGGCAUCGGGCUGCCAACGCUUCUAAUGCUGUGAAAGGUUUUCUUCGAGGCGAACGUGGAGAAGGGUCGGAACCUCUGCUGGAAAAUGGAAGUCUGUACCCGAAGCUGCCGGCUGAAGAUGAUACGGUAUUUAGUACCGGCAUGAAGCUAUACCCUGCACUUCCCGCUGAAGAGUAUGAAAGUGGAGCAGUGGAAGAAGUGAUCGAGGAAGCCUGUUCUGCAGUCAACGUAAACGCAGUGUUUGUGAGUGAGUGUGACCGCAUUAUGGGUCAAAAUGGCGGCAUGGACUUUGGCGCCAUGCUGCAAGGCGCGGGAAAGCAGCUGCUCAACCAAGGAGGUCAAGCGCUAAUGCAAUAUGGCGCCCAGGCUUUGGGCAACAUCAUCAAUGAGGUGUUCCAAAAGAAGGAGGUGGAACAGAAGAGGUUUCUACCGAGCAUUAAAAACUAUAAAGUGGGGUGUAUUCAUCACCAUCAUCAUCAGCCUUUAAGUGCCCACUGCUGGGCAAAGACCUCUUCUCAUACGGAGAAAGUUUGA